CACAUAACCCGAUAGAAAGAAAGAAACUUUAGGGGUGUGUGUGACAUUAUAAGUCUCCAUUGUUCCCUCUUGUAACGUUCUUGGCGUAAUUAAUUAGUACUAGUCGUUACCCUUAUUAAUAGAGUACGUACUACACUGCUAGCUCUGUUCAUUUGGUGUGGUUGCCUAAUCUGAGUGUUUAAUCAGUUAGCCAAAACGGGUCUCUCUCUGUGGAUGCUUGGUUUCGGUGCGGACCUCUUGUGGGCCGACAUGAACCGUCUACUCGCCUUUCUUUUCCACCAGGGAGUGUUGGAUGAGCAAUUUUUGCAGCUUCAACAGCUGCAAGAUGAGGCCUCCCCUAACUUCGUCUCUGAGGUCGUCAACAUUUAUUUCCACGAGUCCGAGAAGCUACUCACCAAUCUCAGAGGAUUGCUAAUGGAAAGGGAGUACAAGAAAAUGGGGAUCCAUUUGAAUCAGUUCAUGGGUAGCAGCUCAAGCAUUGGUGCCAAGAGAGUCACAAACGUCUGUGUUGCCUUUCGUGCUGCUACUGACCAGAGCAACCGUGCUGGAUGCUUGCGAGCGUUGGAGAUGCUGGAGCAUGAAUAUUGCUAUCUCAAGAACAAAUUGCAUGAACUGUUCCAAAUAGAGCAGCAACGUGCUUUGGUAGCAGGAGUGAGAUACCCUGUGUAGAAUCAAUAAUGCAAAUGAGACCGAAUUGGUAGAAUAAAUAUCUCGAUCGAUGAUUUGUUUUCCCUUUUCCUUUCCUUUUUCUUCUCCUUUGUGGCUAAAGGCACGCCUUUUGUAGUUGUUUUAGAGACAAAUUACCAAGCUAUAUAUGCAUACCUAGGUUAUGUACGUAGGGAAUAGAACAAGCUAGGGAUGAGGAUGAUCACUGCCUCAGGUAUUUUGAAUUCUCCUGUAAAUAGUGGUAUCAUGCUCUUCUUGCGGCAUGCUUUGCUGUAAGUCGUUUAGUUAACUUUUGAAUGAAAAUUGAUUGGUUCCUAGUUGAUUUUAUGUUCUUCA